GCGGCGGGGUGGGGGGAGGGGAGAGAACCUCAGGGUGGCCUGCAGCCCGCUCGGGACUUCCGGCCGCAGCCCCUGCAGAUGCUGGAGUGCUGCGUGGCCCGCGUCGCGGGGUCCUCAGGCGACACACCGCUCCUUCUCCAGGUUGCGGCCUCAUGGCGCGAUAGUCUUUCAUAAGUUAAGAAAGAGUCUGAACGUUGACUCAGAAGUAUAUAGCCAUAUUUGUCUUGCACAAGAGACCUCAGUGGGACGUGAGAACGCACCAGUAGAUGAGCAGCUGACGAUGAAUUCUGAACAGAACAUGCACGAAUUAGGCAAUGAAGUCGCAUCUGAGGACCAUGAGCUACCGGGAAGAAAAUCCAGCAAUUUUCAGGUCCUCUGUCCUUGUCUAGAUGAAAAUCCAUCUGCAAAGUGCAGUGUUAUAGAAUGUGGAACGAAUUAUGAAUCUGUGAUUUCUCAUCAAGUUAUCCCAGACUUAAAUAAAGAGACAUCAGUAACAUAUCUUCAAAAGGAAUUGGAAAUUCUCAGAGCAAGCAAUAAAAAGCUUCAAGAAAAAUUGGCUAAAGAAGAUAAAGAAAAGAGAAGAUUAAAGCUUAAGUUGGAACUCCAAGAGAAGGCAGCGGAGGCUGACAUUGCGGAAAGGACUGCAGCUUUGGUUGAAGAAGUGUAUUUUGCACAACGAGAACGUGAUGAAGCUAUUAUGUGCAGACUGCAGUUAGCCCUUGAGGAAAGAGAUGAAGCCGUCGCACGUAUGAAACAUAUGGAAAUGUCACUAAAAAUGCUAGAAAAUAUUAACCCUGAAGAAAAUGACAUGACAUUACAGGAAUUACUGAACAGAAUAAACAAUGCAGACACUGGGAUAGCUAUUGAGAAGAAUGGAGCUGUAAUUGUGGAUCGAAUCUACAAGACCAAGGAAUGUAGAAAGAGAAUAACUGCAGAAGAAAUGAAUGCAGUCCUAGAAGAGCGGGAUGCGGCUUUGUCUCAGUGCAAACGGCUGCACCAGGAGCUUCAUCGCCUGAAAGAGCAGAACCAGACUUCAGCAAACAACACGAGACAGCCGACUGCUGAAAACAAUCAGGAACGUGCUCUGAAGGCAAAAUUAUUAUCAAUGCAGCAAGCCAGAGAAACUUCAGCUGAACAGUACAAAAGGCUGGAAGAAGAAAUCCAGACAUUACGGGUGUACUACAGUUUGCACAAAUCAUUAUCUCAAGAAGAAAACUUAAAGGAUCAGUUUAACCAUGCCCUUAGUACCUAUGAAGAAGCCUUAAAAAACAGAGAGAGCGUUGUUUCCAUCACUCAACAACAGAAUGAAGAACUGGCCACCCAACUUCAGCAGGCUCUCACUGAGCACACAAACAUGGAACUACGGCUUCAGUGUGCUGUGGAGGCCUCCCAAGCAGCCAAUGAAAAGGUUCAGAAGUUAGAAAGGCUGGUGGAUGUCCUGAGGAAGAAGGUUGGAACAGGGACUGUGAGGACCGUGAUCUGACUGAAAGCCACCCAGUCUGGGGGAGCAAUCACAUCUGGUGACCAGGCUGCCUCAUUCAACACUGUGUAAACACUAAGAGCCUUAACUUAGCAAACAGUUGUUAGAAGUGGGACACUCCAACCACAUUCCAAGCUGAGAUAAAAUCAAAUCACAAAUGUUUAACCACUUUGCUGCUGACUUCAGUCAUUUAUCCAAAUAUAUUAACUACAGGCUUUGACCAACUAUAACAUUGCAGCUUAUUUUGUAACUUUUUUUUUAUAUUUGUGCCUUUAAUGUAAAUCUUUUAGCCAGUAUACUAUAAAAACCAUGUGAAGUCAGUCAGGAUCGGAGCCCCGCAUAUGGCCCUUUCUGAAUCAAAGUUCGGCAAAGUAAAUAUUGUCCAAGCCUUAAUCCACUGUGUUAGGUCAAAACUCCAAAUAAAUGCGUUUUCAGUAUAGAGUAUAUUUCUUAACUGAUGGGAAAGGCUCAGACAUGAGAGAAUGUAGCCUACCUUCAAUGUAUGUAUGCAGCUUUUGUCCUUACUAUUGAAGAAUGUAGUAUAGAUGCCAUGAAUUAAAUGUAUAAUUUGCUUUAAUAGUACAUUAAAAUGGCAGUCACCAAGGCAUGAUUUUUGUUUCACUAUAAAUAAUAUACACUGUUUUCAAUAAAAAGGGCUAUUAAUGUAUGCUUAUGCAUAAAUAUUGUUGGUAUUUUUUAAUGUUGAGCCCAGGUAAUUAUUUAAGCAUCAUUUAAGCUGUAGAAAGAGCCAAGUUUCUGCUUAUAAUCUGGGACACUUUUGGCUUGAAAAUUAGCAUGUGCCAGUUAGUAUGUCUCUAUCCUAAAAGGCAAGAACACAUCAAACCUGUUUGCAUUCUUGUUAUUUUUUUUAUUUUUAGAUGAUUCUUUUUGCUAUGGUAGAAGGGAAUCUAAUGUAUAAGAUACAAAAAAAUUCCAAAUAUGAGGACUUAGAAAAAAGCAUUUUUGCAAUUUGGUUUAAAUUACUACUUUUGAAUUUAUCUAAGAUAUAACUAAAAAUAAUAAAAGCAUAGGUCAUAUGAUGUUAUGAAUACUUAUGAAAAAUAUUAUCAAUUUUACAGAUUAGAUAGCUGAAAGGCUAAACCUUGAACAGGAUGAAAUGAAAAAACAAAAACAAAAACAAAACAAAUUAGACUUAGAUUCAGAAUGGUAGAUUAUACCAUUCUUUCACAAACCAUUAGAAAUGUCUGUUUUAUUUCUCUUUCAACCCUGAAGAACAUUUUGAGGUCCUUUGUCAUAGAUGAAAUAUGAAUCAAAAUACUGAUACACUCUUUUCUUGUUCCUUAAUCUGAAAAAUGAAGAUUCAUCUCAUUGCAUGCAGCUUUGAAAUCUACUCUUGUUUCAUGCGCUUAGUGAUUUUAACGCACUAGACUUACAAGAUAAAUGAUAGCAGACCUUAAAAAUAAAUUAGCUGCCCUUGUUUCAGAGUCACAGAGAGCAUCAUAGCCUCUGAUGGACCAGUGACUCCUUAAACAUGGGAGGUAGUGCCUUAGUUGCCUGUCCUUAUGCCCUGGACAGCCACCUCACCCCACCCCACCCACCCCCUCGUGAAGACAUGGCAUCUUGCAACUUAUCCAGGGGGUGUAGGUAAGUAUAGAAAAUAUCCAUUCCCAAAUGCUUUUAACACAGUCACGGGUAAAAGUUGAAUUUUCAGUUUAGUCUUUAGAAACGAACAGUUACCUGAAGUUAUUUACUCUGAAGUGUUAGAACACCAAGCACAAAUAAAAAUAUUUUAUAACUUCCAAUGUCACUUCAAGCAACCAGUUCCUGUGCUGUCAUACAAGAGCAAGAGAUUAUAAAAUGAAACUCAUGGAACACUUCUAACAUCCACCACGUUUAAGAAUAGGUUCCCCCAAAGCAUUCAGAAAUGUCCCAGACAAAGUUUGUCUUGAGUUCUUACUCUUAAAAAUGCCCACCAACACUCUUUCAAGUAAUCACUAUUUUUAUGUGAAGGGAUAACUAUAAUCACUGAUAAUCCAUUUGUCACUUAUUAAAAAGCAGCUCAUCUGUUAAAGAAUUCCAUUUGCAGCAUUUCCUUGGGUUUAAAGCAUCACCAAGGUCAUUCCUAUAGCAGCAUGACAGUUCACUCCUUAAAAAAAUAAGCAACUCAUUUAAAGAAAAGAUAACUGUUGGUUGUAACACUUGAUCUGCAAAUCAUCAUUUCACAUCAUUUUAUAUUUGACUCUACCAGCAGCUGCAUGAUAAUUAUACAGAUUUCAGUAUUGAUUUUAUUGUUUUAUGGUCAUUGUUAAUUAUAUUGAUUCUGAUGAUAAAACAAAUGCAGAGCCUUUUGGAACUUCCCUCAUUUAAACUAUAGGUCUCUAAGCCUCACUGUAAGGAAAAGAUUGGUAUAGCAAAUAUUUUUCUUUUUAAUUUUUUCAGAUAUUUUUAUUGAUUCCUUGAAUAUCUCCUACAAUGUAUUUUGAUCAUAUUUACCCCUACCUACUCCCCUUAGCUCUUCCCAUAUCCUUCCCCAAAUCCUUAUCUACCCCAACUUUGGAUCUUUAUUUUUAAUUUAAUUUAACAUAGCAACCAAAUUUUGUGCUAUCUGUAUAAUGAUUGGUGCAGGGACAUACACUGGCGCACAGCAAAUAGUUUAAUGUCUGCUGCUACAGAGAUGCCUUCAUGGUCAGGUCAUUUAUUGCUCUUGCAGAAAACCCAAGUUAGUUCCCAGUACCCAAGUCAGGUGCCUCAUAGCUUCCUAUAACUCUGGUCUGCAGGACCCAACACCCUCUGACCUCCAUGGGCACCUGUAUUCACAGAGACACUUAAAAGUCAAGUAAGCAUACACACUGUAAAUAAAAAGUUAAAUAGGGCAGCAAUUAGAAUGUCUUAAAAGAUACAUUUUUAAGUUCUGUCAUCUCUGCUACCAUUGUUCCACUUCCUCUUUACACAUAUGCAUGACUUCUCUAGUAAUAUAAAGAUUAUAUACAUCUCUCUCUAUGUAGUUCAAUGUAAACUACACACACAAAUCCUUUGACGUUAUUGUCACCUCCGAGGUUGCCUCAUCCUUUACUUAAACAUAGGCAGGAAUAUUCUAAACUACCUUUAAUUUGGUCUGUUGCUAAAAACCAAUGCUGCAGAGUUACAAAAAGGGUAAAGUAUAUUCCCAACACACUGUGCUUCCUAUAACACAUAUUUGAUAAAAGCCAGUUACAGGUAAAGUGGUGGGUUACAAGAAACAUACAAGCAUUACGACAAAAUUAAUGAUUAAUAUAUAAUAACUUUGAGUUUGAUAAAUAAGUCAUUGAGUUUUAAGCUAAUUAACAAAAAAUACAUUUAGAAAUAAAUAUUAUAUGCUUCUAUUUUUUAUAUUUCCUUAUCAAAAUAAACUGAAGAAUCUUGGAUAACUUAUUAAUAGAAUUUGCUUAUUUCACCAGAAAAGGUUUAAAAUAUUUUUUGGUUCGAUAAGAAAAAGGGUACAUAGAAAUUAAUUUGCAGAAAAGGGAUAUCAUUUGAAAUGUAAAUAAAAUAUCUAAUAAAAAAUAAAUUAAAAAAGUAAAUACAUCAUCUAUAAAAAAUAAAUUAAUUUGCAUCUAGUUAUUUAGAGAUUAUAAUAACUUCUUGAAGUUUCCACCGUCAAAUGGUGAUUAUACAUAAGGAGUUGUAUGAUGUAAUAACCCUAGCAGAUGUUCCUUCAUCUUACAGUUUGUGUGGUACACAGAUUUUCCACAUAUAGUAGUGCAUUCUUGGUAACUCAUUUGCAAUUAACCUCUCUAUUCGGUUAUUGCAUAUAUAACCACAAAUACACACAAAAGCAUAUUUGCCUGUUUAAAAUUGAUUUGUAAGUUGGUUGUCAGGCUCCAGCGAGCAGCAUUUUGCGCAUGUUUGGUUGGAAGCGCAUGCGGUUUCUGGGGCUUUUAAACAAAUACAUGAAAUGGUUGAAAGAUUUAUAUUGCCCAUGCUUAGCUAAAUAUGUCAUCUCUAGAAAAGAUGUGAUUUAUUUUGGCACCGUUCUAAAACUCAAAUAUUUUAAACAUUUGUUAAGUUGAAGCUUGCACAUUUGAACUAGUAGCAUACGUUCCAAACUAGCAUCUCAAGUUACCAAAUGUUUUGUAAUCCUUUUACUGAAAUAGCCCUUACUGAAAAGCUUCUCUUUCACUGUGUUCUUUAGUAUGAGUUUACGUCUUUAAAGGUUGAAGUUGUUUUUAAUGUAGGUCUUCACAAAUAGAAUUUGACAAUGAUAAAUGUGUAUUUUUAAGAAUCAUUAAAGUGAUUUUUACUGUGAA